AUGUCGUCGGAAUUCUUCCAGCAGCUGCUAAGAGAUCGGACAGGCUUAAUCAACAAUGUCCUCUACGUGAUCAUUCUCUCCGCAGCCCUCGAUCUGGUCGGACCAAAUGUACCCAAAGGCGUUGUCCUCCUCGCAGAUGUCAUUCCCUCCUUCUUCACCAAACUAUGCGCGCCCUACUUUAUCCAAGCGAUACCGUACUCGGUCCGAAUCAUCAUCUUCGUUCUGUUGUCGGCCGUCGGCAUGCUCCUUAUCGCCCUCACCCCGGCAUACACUGAUGGAGGGACAAUAGCAACCAAAAUGGCAGGGGUCGUACUCGCUUCUCUCAGCAGUGGCGCUGGAGAACUGACCUUCCUUGGGCUGGUCCAUUAUUACGGGCCAUUCAGUCUCGCUGCUUGGGGCAGUGGAACAGGAGGUGCUGGUCUCAUCGGAGCAGGGCUGUAUGCGCUUGCAACUACGUCUUGGGGUCUAAGCGUCCGGACAACCCUUCUGGCCUCUGCUUGCCUCCCAAUCGUGAUGUUGAUCAGCUUCUUUUUAAUACUUCCUCCUGGACCGCUCCGACGACAUGGAAAGAGACACGCAGCCGAUGAACCUGUGGGACAGCAGAAUGAAGAGAUUGAACAGGAGCAACGACAAGGCUUACUUUCACCCCCAGAUGGCUCGACGUCGGCCAUGUUCCCGCGGCGUGCAAAAGCUCCAGGCUGGACUACGUUCCAACGCAAUCUGAGAAGGGCCAGGUCGCUAUUCUUACCCUACAUGCUACCCCUCCUUCUUGUUUAUGUGGCCGAGUACACGAUCAAUCAAGGCGUAGCACCAACACUACUAUUCCCACUCCCAGAAUCACCUUUCAAACACUACCGGGCAUUCUAUCCAACAUACAACGCGAUCUAUCAAGCCGGGGUCUUCAUCUCAAGAUCAUCUACACCUUUCCUACGCAUCCACAAUCUCUAUCUACCUUCUUUCUUGCAGGUUGCCAACCUGGUGUUCUUGGCAUUGCAUGCAAUCUUCAACUUCGUCCCAAACGUCUAUGUCGUCUUUGCCAUCAUAUUCUGGGAAGGGUUGUUGGGAGGGCUGGUCUAUGUCAACACAUUUGCCGAAAUCAGUGACAACGUUCCGAAGGAGGAAAGGGAGUUUUCACUAUCGGCAACGACUGUGAGUGACUCUGGGGGGAUUUGUAUUGCUGGUUUCAUUAGCAUGGGGUUUGAGGUUUGGCUUUGCAACUGGCAAGUUCGUCAUGGCAGGGAUUACUGCAAGAAAUUGUGA